AUGUAUAGGAAACCCCAUUUUCAUUUUCUUCAUCCCUCUGUUUCUUCUCCUCCUCAGGACGAUGGGCUCAGCCCAGAGAAAGCUGGACACCACUCAGACGAGGAGCGAUGGGACACACCGCCCCCCAAACCACCCCGCGUACGCAGCAGUCAGUUGGAAGGGGAUGUGAAAGAGGAGAUCCUUCAGCCUCCAGAGCCUCGUCCGGUUCCUCCCAUCCUGACCCCGUCUCCCCCCUCUGCCUUCCCCACCGUCACCAACGUACGUCAGGACAACGACCGCUACCACCCCAAGCCGGUCAUCCACGUCCUGGCCUCUGCACAACAACAACAACAGCCACAGAAAGCCCAACAAGCCCAACUGUCCCCAGACCUGAAGGACAACUAUAACAAGACAUCGUUGGACAGGGUCCCCUCAGGAGGCCCCCCUGCCCAGGCCCCCUCUCCCUCCUCCCCCUCCCCAGUGGAUGGGCCAGUGCGUCUGGACAGGGUCCCCUCAGAAGGCCCCUCCUCCCCCUCCCCAGUGGAUGGGCCAGUGCGUCUGGAGAGGAAGCUGAGUAUUGAGAUACAGAAGGUUCCGUUACAGGAGGGUCCUAAGAGCUUCGAUGGGAACAGCAGGCUGCAAAGAUCCCUUGCCUUCAAGGCCCGCUCCAACACCUCCAGUUCCUCUCUUUCUGAGGACUCAGGGGCCGACGGGGGGCCCCCCAACAUGACACACCAGGGCGCCUUCGGACCCCUCCCCUCCCGCCCCAACCACCUGCCCCUUAAGGGGGAGAAGGGGGGUCAGGCAGGCUGGAUCAGCCCGGAGAAAGCCCCCACACCCCCAGCCCUGGUGGCUGGGUCAGAGAGCCCCCCCACCUCCAAUCUGACCUCUUCCCAGCCCCUCUCCUCCACCUCCACCCUGUCAGGACUGCUCUGAGCUUCACCAAUCCUC